GGGCGUGAUAAUGCAAUGACGUAAUACCUAUAGCUAGGAACUCUGCCGCUGUCAGUUCUUCUCCCAUUCACAUUCUGACUUACUUCGUGAGUGUGUGUAACAGUCAAAACCGAUAAAUUCUAAAAAUGGCAGCGGCAGAGGCACACAGGGUUAUUGUGUACGGUGGAAAAGGGGCCCUCGGCUCCAAGUGUGUCGAAUAUUUCAAGACGAAAAGAUGGUGGGUGGCUUCCAUUGACAUUGUCGCAAAUGAAGAGGCAAAUGCAAACGUGCUGGUGAAGAUGUCCGAAUCCUUCACUGAGCAAGCGGAUCAGGUGACCUCCGAUGUGUCUCUGUUACUGGGAGAGCAGAAGAUUGAUGCCAUUCUUUGUGUGGCAGGAGGAUGGGCAGGUGGAAGUGCCAAAGCAAAAUCCUUGUAUAAAAAUUGUGACCUUAUGUGGAAGCAGAGCGUAUGGACAUCUAUAAUAUCCAGUCAUUUAGCCACCAAACAUCUGAAGGAAGGAGGUCUUCUGACUUUAGCUGGAGCCAAGGCAGCUUUGUUUGGCACAUCUGGUAUGGUUGGUUAUGGGAUGGCAAAAGCAGCCGUACAUCAGCUUUGCCAGAGUCUUUCUGGAGACAACAGUGGCUUACCAUCUGGAUCCGCUGCUGUUGCCAUUCUGCCAGUUACCCUGGAUACACCAAUGAACAGAAAAUCAAUGCCUGACGCAGAUUUCAGUUCAUGGACACCUUUAGAAUUUGUUGCUGAAACAUUUUAUAACUGGUCCAUUAAUGUUGAUAGACCAAAUUCUGGAAGUCUUAUUCAGCUAGAGACUGCCGGUGGGAAGACCCAGAUGACACCUGUUCAAGAAAAGAAACAAGAAUAGCUCAUUAUUCAGAUGGGUUCUUAUCUAUAAGUAGUUACCAGUUUGUUCACAAUUUGUUUUGGUGUUAUGCAAUUUUUGAAACCAAAAACUUCUUGUGCGCAGUGCGUUGUUUUCUGGUGGUGGAGUGGCCUUAUGAGUACUUAUGGAGCUGUGUGCCUCCAUUCAAAGUAUUAUACCUUUUUUCAAUUUCCUACAAAUGUAUUUUUGUAAUGACCCCGUGAUUAAUGUGUCAGUGACUGAUUGUUAUUUUGUUAAUCAAGUGUAAUGGACAUUUAAAAUAAAAUCAAGCAAGUAAGCAUUUAAUGAAACAAACAGUUUAUUAAACUUUCAAAAUAUGUGCUUCUUGCUUGCAUUAUGAUAAAUCUACUGAACUUUCUGCCUCAUAAUCUUCAAUUCACCCUUUUCAUUUGUAUGUACAUUCUCAAAAACACACAAAAUUCUUUGCAACAAGAAGACAUAAUUGCCAUUAUUCUGGGUGCCAAUCAGAUUCAUUCCUUGACUUUAUUUGGUCUUAAAGAAUUACUAAUUUCAUGACAUUUUCUACCAACCCAUCCAUGUCUGCUUAUCAGCUCAGUCUCCAUUACAGUACACAUCUUUACCCAGUAAUGUUUGACCUCUCUUCUCAUUAGCACAGUGUAAAACAUUUCUGCCUCUUGUUUCUUUUGCAGACUUUUUGUCUCUGUAUCAGUCCUUUUCCUCUUCCCUGUUACUUUCCCUCUCUGCAUGCAUUCAUCUGAUCUUUCUCAACUUAGACUUUUCAGACUUUGGUACAUGUUUUACUUAUGUUGACUUCAUUUCACUCCUAACUUGUAAUGCGAGACAGUUUCAUUUAGGAACCAGAAUAUGUGUAAGAUUCCAAAUUUUGUUUCCUGCUCAUCUCACGUCUAUUGCAUAUGAUCUCCAAUUUUAUCCACAUUUAAGGUGUCACAAGCAACAGACCCUGGGCCUACUUUUGAAUGUAAUCCACUGCCUCUGCCGUUGAGUUGGUUAGUGCUGCUGCUGAUGUUACAGUAGGCUUUAAGGGGCUGGCAGUAACUUACAAAUAGAUAAAAUUUUUUUAAAAAUUGAACCAAUUCAAUAUUUGGUUUGUCCUAAAGCUGUCACACAUCUUACUCAGUGCUCCAGUUCAUGUCCAUUUCUUACCAGUUCAAAAUGAUCUUGGCAUUUUUACUUGUAAUGUCUGUAAUAUCAGCAUGGGCUAGGCUGAAAAUGUUUUAAAUGCUCACUGCAUGCAGUGAAGCACAGCAAAAGUUGUACUUAAGUUUACUUAUAAUGUAAAAUGGAUAUGCUAUGUCAUUUGCUCGUUAGAAGUAUACUGGUGAAUAAAUUCUUGCUGUAGGAUAUAGACGUGUUGCUGUAUACCAGAGGCAUAAAAAGUCAUAAAAUCAACCAGUUAAAUAUCUCUGAACUUCAGAAUUUACAAUGCUAAGCCUGACGGGCAACUACUUAGUGGCUACAAGAUGGUUUUCACUUUAAAAAUACAAUAAAAUAAAAACAAUUCACAAAUUUAAAAGCACUCUGACCAUGCAACCCAGCUCACUGUUCUGCUUGUUCUGAUUCACUUGUCAAGAUAUUAUGAAAUGGUGACAUUGAUCUUACUCCUGUGAGUAUUGCAGAAUCUGUUAUUUAAUUUACUUUCAGAUAGCUGCCAUCUCAGAGCAUUAAUUCAGUUAGCUGCCCAGUUUUUUGGCAGGACAGACUCUGCAGAUUUCACAUGAUCACAUGAAAGCUAGUAAUUAAUGAAAUACAUUUUUAAAAAGUGAAAGCAAUGUUUUUUUGUCUAGUUUUAAGAGCUCAAAGCAAGUGCUGCCCUCAGUGUAACAGCAUGACAUGAUUCAUGAAGAGAAACAAAAAUGCAUAUGGCAACUGUGGUCUGGGUACUUAACAGAUCUGGAGAUGUAGCAAAAUUAAAUCAUUGUAUGCCGAAAGUCUUAUAGUAGAUUUAUCAGUUCAAACUUGAGAAUGCUAUGUGCUCUGACGAGACCACAAUUAACACUUUAAACUGACUAACACUAUUUCCUGAAUUACUGUGCAAUGAGACCCUGGAAGUGCAUAAAUGUUUUUACUAGGAUGUACAAAAUGAGGUCAACCAAAAUGGAAAGCAAAUUGAGCAGUACUUAGCACUGCAGUAGUUUAAAAUCUCAUUUGGACUUGUCAAUCAUUGCACAAUGAUUUGCCACACAUGAACAUACACGGGAGCUGAGUUAUGUCUCUCUGUCUCGGGAAAGGUGGAUUAUUCUGAUCUGUGUUUUCUAUUAAAUUACCGGUAAAUGUAAUUAUGCAUUUUAAUACAUACUUGUUGAUCAUGGCUAUACGCUAUGUAUGCAGCACUACUAUCUAUCUACUACUGCUUGUACUACUACUUUACUACUUGUUUGCUUAUUUCAGUAGGUAAUUGGGUUCAUGUUGUAUGUUUUCUCAGUGAUAACCAUUCUGUGUCAGUAUAUUACAAGUUCAGAGUUUGUCAUGACCAGGACAUACUUCAUCUACAAGCCACAUUGCAUGUCUUCUCCGGAAGCAGUGUAAGUGCACCUAAAUUUGCUCAGUCUAAAAAUAUGUUGCCAAAUAUUUGUUUUAUGUUUAAAAAUAUUUAACUGUUGUGGACAUUGUGAUGAUAUAAUAAGAUUACCUAGGUGAAUUUAGAGAAAAUCUCCACUUUGCAUAAUGUUGUUGCCAGAGCCAGAACUAAUACCCUCUUACUCCUUUGGCUAAAUGAAAAACAUUGUAA